AAUCGGAUCCUGGUUUCAUGAAUGACUGCAGGUGGGUGCGCAGAUAUCUCAACUUUGACUCCCCGUGCAUCAAUGAAUCUCCUUGGAUGGCGAGGUGAUGAAUAUCUUUAACAGGGUGCUGGUCCAAUCUGUUGAUCUUGUUUUUGAUUGUAACCUGGUUUCGUGGAGAGUAACCACUGGCCGGAAGCCGCGGUGACUGCUUGAACGAGUUCUGCAGGAAGUGUGGGCGUUUUUUGCUACAAUCACGGCAUGAAGGACGAAGGAAGCGUGCUGUCUUGUUGUGCGGCUAGGAGAGGUUCUCUCUGCUGUGGUCACUCAAUUUGUGGAACUGUUGGUGGAUUCAAUUCCAGCUCACUGGCUGCAUUAGUGCCUGCGGAGGUUGGACAAUCUCCCUCGCAGCCUAGUGUUAGUAGCCUAGUGUUUUUCAUUAGUUUCGAGUUGGAAGAGGAGCAGUGGGGUCGUGGGCGAGAGAGGGAGGGGGGAGGGGGUGUCCGAUGGAGGGGAGGUUUCUUGCUGGAGCAAGCUUUGAGCUUGAUUAUUCAGCGCCAGCAUUUGCGCAGUGGAAGGGAGUGCAAGAUGGAGCCUUAUUACAAUCGUCGAGGGACGAAAGAUAUUGGCAGCGUGUGCGGCAUGACGCGAGGGAAUCAGACGAUGUUGCUCAUGUUGGCUAUGGUUGCGAGCAUGGCUGUCGUGCUUUUAUGGGAGUCGGCGCCAUUCUCUGCCUUCAACAAUGCUCAGUCACAGAUUCCAAAGAGUGGUGGCUAUGCUGGGAAAGAAACACUCAGAGUUUAUGACAGCCCCGAGAAAUCUAUCCCGAAAGAUGUUGCUUCCGAUCUGACGGAAAGCGAUACCACACCCGACUCUAUGGAGGAACAGGAGCCUCAGACUCUUGCUCAAGAAGACUCAUCGAAAGAACCCAGUGCGGCGGGGAGCACAAUUGCAGAAGAUGAUAGUAGCAGCGUACGCAACGGGAGCGUUGCAAUCGACGGGAAUUCUUUCGAUACCCCAGCCCGGGAGUCAGAGGAAGAGUCCUUGGCGGAGAAGGAGAAUGAUCUGGUUAGGUCAGAAAUCGAUGCGUGGAGCAAGGUGGAGACCCCAUCUCCGAAGAAAGACGACGACUGGCUAAUGCACAAUGGCACUGAGAAGCUCACUAAGUCGUCUGAGACAUCUGUAGACGCCCAGCAAGCAGACGGGAUGGUUUUGGAUCCAGCUAGCAUUGGUAGCCCGCCUACAUCGUCCGAGGAGACCCUUCUUGAACCAGAUGGAAUCAGUCAAGAGACCAACACUGACACUUCUCAUAAUGAGACGUCAGAGAAGCAGUGCGAUUACUCUGUUGGGAAAUGGGUCCGGGACGACACAAGGCCGCUUUAUUCUGGCCUGGAGUGCACCCUGUGGCUCUCCCCGGGUUUCUCUUGCCGGCUUCACGACCACCCCAACAAGCUUAUGGAUCGAUACCGGUGGCAGCCAGCGGGAUGCGAUAUGCCACCAUUCAAUGCCUCCCGCGUCCUGGAAACGCUGCGGAACAAAGUGAUAGCGUUCGUCGGAGACUCUCUUGGCCGUCAACAAUACCAGUCGAUCAUGUGUUUACUCACUCGGGGGAGGAAUGACACAGCCAUAACCGACAUCGGGUCAACGUUCGGCUUCUACACUCCUAAAGGGGAACGGAAGCCAAAUGGGUUUGCCCACAGAUUCGACGCAACCAACACAACGAUUAUUUUCAGAUGGACGGUGAGCCUUGGGGAGGUGCACCCACUCAACGUGACUGAUCCUCUGACCAGGAACGCGCUUCAUCUCGACCGCCCGGAAGAGUUUUUGAGAGACCACAUCGAUGAGUUAGACGUCGUGGUUCUGAACACGGGGCACCACUGGAACGGGGGUAAGAAGAAAUUGAACCGGUUCGAUUACUACUACCAGGGCAAUCCCAUCGACAUUGCGGUACCACUAGCUUACAACCUGACAGUACAUAGUAUAGUCCAAUGGGUGAGUGAGAGGAUCAAAAACACCCAAACGAUAGCCUACUACCGAUCCCUGUCACCUCGCCAUUUCCGCAACGGAGACUGGAACACAGGCGGCACAUGCGAUCAAAUCCGGUUCGAGAACGAAAAACAAGUGCAGGAGGGCAAUCGUCUGGACCCAAAUGCCGAGAGUGCAAUCAUCGGCACUGGUGUUGAUCUGCUCAACAUCACGUCUCUGUCCUUCGAAAGAGGUGAAACGCAUGUUUCCAAGUACGGUGGCGGCGUCGGUGGGCAAGAUUGCUUGCAUUGGUGCUUGCCCGGAGUGCCGGAUACCUGGAACGAAAUCCUUUUUGCCGAUCUCGCGAGGAAGUUCAAGAGUAGGGAGAGCUCCACCGUAGCGUAGUAGGAUGUGGCAGCUCUGCAUGCGGACCGAGCUUGCUCGCGGCGAAACCCUAAACCCUAGCCAGCAUUCUUUUGUAUAGUUUUUCCCAUUCCAUACCACACCAUCCCAUUUCAUUCAUCGCUGAUAAAACCCAAUUCAGCCGAGUUGCUAUUCUUCCGUAAUCACUCAGAUGUACUUAUAUCAACCCAUACAUUUAUUUUCCGACCUGAUUCACAACUCGUUUGCAUCACUUAUUAAUUCACUUACCCCUUGAGAUAAUACAGUUUUGUGUAUUAUUAAACCACUCGGGGUAUUCUAGAGUCCCUUUUAAUUAUCAUAUUUGUUCUAGUAUCUAUUAUUUAUUAUGCCAUCCAAGACAUGUCUCAAAGCCUCCCAGAGUAUAUGAGAUCUUGUCAGAUUGUUGUUCUAGUAUGGAGGUCACUCCAUACUCCUUUAAAUACAAACCUGUUCCUUAAUCCAAA